AUGGGGAAGAAAAAGCCUACUGCUAGGGACGAAGAUAACGCUUCACAACAAGGCGGCGGAGGUGGAAAAUCGAAGAAGAAGGGGGUGGUCAUCGACGACGAUGAGUAUUCCAUCGGAACGGAGCUAUCAGAAGAGCCAGCGCCGACGAUGGAAGAGAUACCUGCUGCGGCUGGAAAGAAGAAAGGUAAGAAAGGUAAUUCUAAAGGUAAGAGUAAUGAUGAUGAUGAUGGUGAUGGUGAUGUUGAUGAUGGCGUGGAUGUGCCUGAAGUUGUGUUUGCUGGGAAGAAGGGGAAAAACAAGAAAGGUGGUGGGAGUAGUGCGUUUACUGCAUCUGGCUUUGGUUUGCUUGGUGAUGAGGAAGGUGAUGAUGAAGAUAAAUCUGAAGAGGAUGGACCAGUGGUUAGUUUCUCCGGUAAGAAGGCCUCGAAGAAAGGACGUGGUAGUUUGUUCAGUGCAUCUGCUUUUGAUGCCAUUGGUGAUGAUGAUGGUGGUGGUGAGGAGGAGGAGGAUGAGCCGGUGGUUAGUUUUACUGGAAAGAAAAAGUCCUCGAAGGCUUCGAAGAAAAGCGGUGGUAGUUUGUUCGCAGCCGCGGCUUUUGAUGCUAUAGAUGAUGGUGGGGAUGGGGAGGUGGUGGAUGAUAAGAAUGAUGAUGAUGAACCUGUUAUUGCUUUCACGGGGAAGAAGAAGUCUUCGAAAGGGAGUAAGAAGGGUGGUGUUGUGUUUUCAGCUGUUGUUCUCGGUGAGAUUGAUGAUGGAGAGGAGAAGGAGGAUGGUGGCGGUGAUGAUGACGACGAUAUUGGACCAAUUACUUUUACUGGCAAGAAAAAGAAGUCUUCCAAGAAGGCUGUAAGUUCCGGGAGCAAAGGUGUUUCUGUUGAGGAUGAUGUUAAUGUGCCCGACUCUGGUAAGGAUGGUGAUGACAAGGAUGAGGAUGAGGAUGGUGUUUCUAUAUUUUCAUUUUCAGGUAAAAAGAAGUCCUCUAAAAAGAAGGGCAGCAGUACUACUGCCAAAGGGAGUGAUGAAAAUGUGGAUGUAGUUCAGCCUGAGGCACCCAGUGCUGGUAGUGCUGAUUCUGGCAACAGCAAUCUUAAUAAUAGUGAAGGGGUUGCUGAAACUUCCAAAAAUAAGAAGAAGAAUAAGAAAAAGAGUGGAAGAACUGCCCAAGAGGAGGAAGAUUUGGAUAAGCUUCUUGCAGAGCUUGGUGAGGCUCCUAUACCAAAACCAACAGCUUCUGCACCACAGGAUGAUAAAGUUCAGCCUACUCCUGAAGUUGGUCCAGUUGCUGCUGAUGCGUCUGGGGAUAAGGAAGGUGAAGAGGAGGUCGUAGAGUCAGCUGCUGCAAAGAAGAAGAAGAAGAAAAAGGAAAAGGAAAAGGAGAAGAAGGCAGCUGCUGCUGCAGCAGCAGCAGUAGGAAGUGCACCAGAAAAUGAAUUAGCAGAAGUUAAAGCUGAGGCAAUUGAACCAAAGAAGAAUGACUCAAAGGCUAAGGCAGCUGAUAAGAAAGUGCCAAAGCAUGUUAGAGAGAUGCAAGAGGCACUAGCUCGAAGAAAAGAGGCUGAAGAAAAGAAGAAAAGAGAAGAGGAAGAGAGGUUAAAGAAGGAAGAAGAGGAGCGACGCAGGCAAGAGGAACUUGAGAGACAGGCGGAAGAGGCUAAACGUAGAAAGAAGGAAAGAGAAAAGGAGAAACUCCAGAAAAAAAAACAAGAAGGUAAACUGUUAACUGGUAAGCAGAAGGAAGAAGCCCGCCGGUUGGAGGCAAUGAGGAGGCAGAUUCUCAAUAACACUGGGGGUAUGACUCUCCCUUCUGGGGACUCUGGUGCUCCAGCCAAAAAACCCAUAUAUCAGACAAAGAAGGCAAAGCAUAAUAAUAGAAAUCAGAAUGGUGCUGCUGCUGCUCAGACAGCUGAAAUUGUGGAAGCAAAGGAGAUUACCACUGAUGUAGUUUCAGAGGCAUCAGAAAACAUUGAAGAAGUGGAGUCGAUUCAGGUGGAUGACAAAGUUGAACUUCCUGUGGCUGUUGAAGAGGAUGCAGUGGAAGAUGAUGAAGAGGAUGAAUGGGAUGCAAAAAGCUGGGACGAUGUUAAUUUGAAUGCCAAAGGUGCAUUUGCUGACGAAGAGGCUGACUCCGAAUCUAAAUCUGUUAGCAAAAAGGAGAUUAAAAAUGCCGCACCUACUCAGAAUGCUGCAGGGGCUACUAAUAAAACUGUUUCUAAGCCUGUGGCUGAAGAAACUGAAAGUGGAAAGCAAGCUAAUGCUGUGAUUGCCGACAGAAGAAAGUUAGCUGCCCCUCCUAAGCCUAAUGAUGAGAACCUCCGCUCCCCAAUUUGCUGUAUCAUGGGGCAUGUGGAUACUGGCAAGACCAAGCUGCUGGAUUGUAUUCGAGGUACUAAUGUUCAGGAGGGUGAGGCUGGAGGUAUCACACAACAGAUUGGUGCAACAUACUUUCCUGCUGAGAACAUACGUGAAAGAACUAAGGAACUGAAAGCCGAUGCAAAGCUGAAAGUUCCUGGUUUACUGGUUAUUGAUACCCCUGGACACGAGUCAUUUACUAACUUGAGGUCUCGUGGUUCAGGCCUAUGUGAUAUUGCAAUUUUGGUUGUUGACAUUAUGCAUGGGUUAGAGCAACAAACAAUAGAAUCAUUAAAUCUAUUAAAAAUGAGGAAUACAGAAUUCAUCGUUGCCUUAAAUAAGGUUGAUAGGCUUUAUGGAUGGAAAACAUGUCGCAAUUCUCCAAUUGUCAAAGCAAUGAAACAGCAGACUAAGGAUGUUCAAAAUGAGUUCAAUAUGAGGCUCACUCAGAUUAUUACACAAUUCAAAGAACAAGGGAUGAAUACCGAGUUGUAUUAUAAAAACAAAGAAAUGGGAGAAACAUUCAGCAUUGUGCCUACAAGUGCAAUAAGUGGUGAAGGAAUUCCCGAUCUGUUGUUACUAUUGGUUCAAUGGACCCAAAAAACAAUGGUUGAGAAACUUACAUACAGUGAAGAAGUGCAGGGUCCAAUUGUUACGUCAAUUCGAGCUUUAUUGACACCUCAUCCAAUGAAAGAACUACGUGUCAAGGGAACAUAUCUUCAUCACAAGGAAAUUAAAGCUGCAAUGGGUAUUAAAAUCACUGCCCAGGGCCUUGAGCAUGCCAUUGCUGGCACUGGUUUGUAUGUGGUGAAGCCUGAUGAUGAUUUGGAAGAUGUCAAAGAAGCAGCCAUGGAAGAUAUGCGGUCAGUCAUGAGCAGGAUUGACAGGACUGGUGAGGGUGUUUGUGUACAGGCAUCUACCCUUGGUUCCUUGGAAGCAUUGUUGGAAUUUUUGAAAACUCCAGAAGUUAGUAUCCCUGUUAGUGGUAUAAGCAUUGGUCCUGUACACAAAAAGGAUGUGAUGAAGGCCAGUGUAAUGCUUGAAAAAAAGCGAGAGUAUGCUGCCAUAUUGGCAUUUGAUGUCAAAGUUACUCCUGAGGCUAGGGAACUGGCAGAUGAAUUGGGUGUGAAGAUAUUUAUUGCUGAUAUCAUUUAUCAUCUGUUCGAUCAAUUUAAAGCUUAUAUUGACAACAUUAAAGAGGAGAAAAAGAAAGAAGCUGCUGAUGAGGCAGUCUUCCCAUGUGUUUUUAAAAUCUUACCAAAUUGCAUUUUCAACAAGAAGGACCCAAUUGUUUUGGGAGUUGAUAUCCUUGAAGGCAUUGCAAAGAUUGGGACUCCAAUUUGCAUUCCUUCUAGAGAGUUCAUUGAUAUUGGUCGCAUUGCAUCCAUUGAGAAUAACCAUAAACCUGUUGAUUAUGCAAAGAAGGGGCAGAAAGUGGCCAUUAAGAUUGUUGGCAGCAAUCCUGAAGAGCAACAGAAAAUGUAUGGGAGACAUUUUGAGAUCGAUGAUGAACUUGUAAGCCAUAUUUCACGGAGAUCUAUUGAUAUUCUCAAAGCUAAUUAUCGGGAUGAUCUGUCUAUGGAGGAAUGGAGGUUGGUUGUGAAAUUGAAGAAUCUUUUCAAGAUACAAUGA